GAAUUUAAUUUUUAAUAUUGCUAGCUGUGAAAAAGUGUAAACAUCGUUCGUUGUUCUUUAUGGAACCUAUUUUUCUUUUGUGAUUUUCUUUAUAAAUAUUGAAAUUUGAUGUAUGUCAGGACUGUAAAUAUACGAUAAAUUGUAACUAUAUUCAAACACGAAAAUGCAUGCCCAACCGUGACAACACUAGCAAGGGUGAAAUUUAUGUAGGCUGAACGAAAUGGAUAACCUUCAGUCAGCAGUAAGGGACAGCUGCUUGGAUCAGAAUAGUGCUGCAAUCGAUGAUAGCAAAGCCACCGUUGGCGAUCAAUUGCUCGACGAGGAGAGUCAUACUCCUCUUUCAGAAGCGGAUGUGGUGUCUUUAUGGUCGGAGGAAGAGUUCGAUCGGGACCCGCACAGGGCGCUCUUCUACGAUGCCUAUCGUUCUACGGUGGUCACUCCAGAACUAGAUGACUCGACGGAAAAUGCAGAAGCAGGGCCUGGUGAACAAAAACCAUUGUCUCUAAUGGAUGAUUGGGAGUUGUGGGAUUAUAUGGAUGAGGAGACACUGAAAGAGCGUCUGAAGAAUCACCCAGAGUUGCUGGAGCAAAUCACUCGGAAAAGGAAGCGAAAAGCGGUGCUCGAUGAGAAUGACGACGACGAUCUUUGCGCGGUGAUGGAACGUCACGCUAAGGUGACGAAGUUUAAUGAGCACGCUAAGGUGUACUAGGACGAAUCUGUAGUUUCCGAUAUUUGUGUUUAAUUUUAGUCGAUAUUUUUAACAACUCCAGAUUGUGGGCUAUCAGAACCUAUAUUACAGUGUAUAGAUAUUAAAUUAUUUUGAACUUUAAAUUUGUACAUCAUCAUUUUCGUUAUUGUAAAUAUAUGAUUUUUGAAUUGCUUCAUGCUAUGAUUGUAA